AUGAAAAAAAAUAAAACCUUUGGAAUAUUAAUAUAUAGAGUUGAAUAUAAUAAUAGUAAAAAUGUUUUGAAUAAUAAAUCAAAAAUUGAGUUUUUAUUUUUAAAAGCAUCAUAUGAAUUUUUAUUUUAUAAAGGAUUGCAUGAAGAAAACGAAAAUGGAUUAGAGACGGCUAUGAGAGAAACAUUCGAAGAAACUGGUUUAAAUAAGGAUAAAUAUAAAUUACUAAAUUUUGAAAAAACUUUAAUAUAUAAUGUUAAAGAUAAAACGAAAGAAACUACCUAUUAUUUAGCUGGUUUAUUAAAUAAUGAUGAAAAUAUUAAAUUAUCAGAUGAACAUACUGAUUUUAAAUGGAUACAUAGUAAUGAAUCAGAUGUGUAUUCUCUUCCUGAUUCUUUUGCAGAAUUAAUGAAAAGUGCUGAAGAGUUCAUUAGAAAAAUAGGAAAAUAA